GCCGCGUUGCAGCGGAACUGCUGAGAUUGGAGCGGAGGGUGUGAGCCCAGACGCCACGGGAGCCCGGCCCCCGGCUGCUUCCCUCUCUCCGCCGCUCCAGGUGCGACAGCGCCGCCUUCCCCUGCACCUGACCCAGCGGCGCGUCACUUAGGCCAGGGACAAAGGGAGGAGCGGCGGGGCCCGCUACAUCCCCGGGCCAGACACGUAAGCCCCCUGCGGAUUGUCGGACAGUCCUGGGGAGGGGACCUCGAGAAAGGCGGCUGCGUCAGCCGGCCAGACGCUGCGGGAGCCCCCCCUCCUCCAUUCCCGAGCCCUCAGAUCCUCCAUAUUCACCUGAACCUGAACUCCAGGCCCUGUGGCACUGUUCCAGGGUGGGAUUUGCAUAGGGUGCUGCAGCCCGCGUCAGCCUCGGGCUCCCUCCUGCCCCGUGAUCAGCGCCAGCGGGCAGAGCACCAUGGCUAUGAGCCUUUUGCAGGACUGGUGCAGGGGGCUGGACGUGGACGUGCACAAGGCUCUGCUGGUCACCGACAUCCCCGAGGGCCUGGAGCAGGCAGCCAUCGAAGCCGUCUUGCAGCCCUCUUUCCUGCCCCUGGGCACGUUCAGGCUGCGGAACACGAGAGCCAUGAGGGACGAGAAAGCCAAGGCCGCCCUGGUUGAGUUCAUGGAGGACAUUAAUCACUCUUCCAUCCCUAGGGAGAUCCCAGGCAAGGAUGGCGUCUGGAGGGUUCUGUGUAAGGACCGCGCGGAGGACACAAGAGUCCUGAGGCAGAUGAAACGCUUGCUGCUGGAUGAAAGGCCCAGGCAGGCUGAGGUGGCCAGGGUCCCCGGGGACACACCCACCCCUCCCACCUCGGAGACUGAGGCCCAGGGGUCGGAGUCAGCGGCCAGGGAGACUGGCCCUCCUCAUGGUGCAGCCAGCAAGGCUAGGAGGGGCCGUCGGGCUCGCAGAAGCAGAGCCAGAGGCAACAGGUUUACCCAGAAGGGCAAGAAGAGAGGCCGAGGAGGGCGGCCGUGCACCUCAGCCAGGCGCGAAUCCGACGACUCUUCAGACGACAGCCUGGGCAUCGUCAUAGAGGAGAUCGGUGAGGAAGACCUGAGCGGGGACGACGACCAGCGAGCACUGUACGCCACACUCCAAGCCGCCGCCAAGGAGCUCGUGAAGAAGUGGUCCCUCCAGGGCGACACAGAUGAGGAAGACAGUCCCCGCGAGUUCUUGGCCCUGGUGACGGUGACGGACAAAGCCAAGAAGGAGGAGAUGGACAAAGAACCCUCUGGGGCUGAGCCGAUCAGCCUGAACAUCAAAGACGGGAGCGGGGUCCCCGACUUAGUGGCCCUACUUGCUGUGAGAGACACGUCGGACGAGGAGCCGAUGGACAGCGACGCUUCCGAAAGCGAGUCGCCGGAAAACGGGGACCAAGAACCAGAGGGGGUGGGCAAUCCCGAGUUUGUGGCCAUUGUGGCCUAUACAGACCCCUCGGAUCCCUCUGCCCGGGAGGAGAUGUUGAAAAUCGCUUCUGUGAUCGAGUCGCUGGGCUGGAGCGAUAAGAAAGACAAAAAAGAUGUACUUCCCGAGGUCUUGUCCGUCAUGUCCAAGGACACUUCCGGACCCCGCGUGAAGGUGGAGGAGGCAGGCCGCCAAGUGGACGCCAUGGUCCUGAGGAAGGCCAAGGACGACGGGAACCUUCUGGAGUGCAUGUCUACCUUGGCCGAGACGGAGACACCCUCCAAGGGGAGGAAGGCUGCGCGUGGCCUCCUCGGGGGCUGGGGUGAUGAAGAGGAAGACGAGGUGGGCCUCCUGGAGCUAGUGGCCCUCCUGGCUGCCCAGGACACGGCUGAGGUGAUGCAGGACGAACAGGAAGAGGCCUGGGAAGGUGGGAAGUUCAAGUACGCCAAGGGCAGCCUGCGGGAGGUCCUGGCGCUCCUGGCUGCGCGUGAGAACCGGGAGUCGGAGGAGGAGUCAGAAGAGGGGGCUUCGGACGGAGGCUCAGAAGAGGCGUCCGAGGACACGGAGAGCGAGGAGUCAGAGCCUGAGGACCGGGCGUCCCGGAAGCCCCGAGCCAAGCGCGCCCGCACGGCCUCCAAGGUCCUGGGUCAGGCCGGCGCCCCCUCCGGGUCCCGCAAAACCCGACCGGGAGGCCGAGGCCGCGGCGGGAGAGGCAUCACUCCGGAAAAGAAAGCCAAGGACGAGGCGGCGGGUGACAAGAAGAAGAAAGGGCGUGCAGGCGUCGGGGCCCGAGCCAAAGCCGGCGAGGCCAGGGGGCAGCCGCCCACGGGUUCCAAGUCAGCCCGCGGGAAGAAGGCUCGUCGCGGCCGGAGGCUGCCCCCCAAGUGCCGCUAAUGGCUUCCAUAGACAGCGAGGCCGAGGCCGGCGAUGUGGCUUCUCCGCGCUCCCUCCUCCCUCCCUGCAGCAGAGGCCGGUCUCCCGCUUAACCGUGUGCUCUGUUGUGCGCAAGGCGCGCACCGCGGGUCUCACCUUUACCUUUCAAUCCUUCCUUUGCAGGUGACACGAGCGAUCCUGAUAGAAGGAGAGAGAAACGGGCACCCGGAGGCAGCAGCCCCAGGCGAUGGGGCCGUGUCUUAGGAGCACCAGGCGGCCUUGGCUUUGGGUGGCUCCCGGCUGGCACGGGUGUGAGUGUGUCGGUGGACACGGGCACCUGGGGAGGCCCGCUAUGCCAGUGAGUUCGUUAUGGCUUUCCGUGGGGCCCCGAUGUCCAGACACAUGCUUCUGGCUAGUGUCUGUAGGCCACUGUCCUCCCACCCCAAACUGAUGGGGCGUGAGGUCUGUGAUGAAGGCUUGGCCACCAGCUGGGCAGUGGGUGUCAGGGUGAAGCUGAGCUCCCUGCCUGGGGGAGGAGAUGAUUCCAGAAAGAGAAGUCUGAGAGGCAGAGGGGGCUGCUCCUGGGGAAGGGAGCCGAGGUAGGGGAGGGGAGAGGAGAGUGUGGUCUCUUUACCAGGAGCUGGAGAGGAGGAGGAAGAAAGGGAAAGAGGAACCAGACUUGCCCGCCUCAGGUGUAGCUGAUGCAAAUGAACCAGCUGCUCAAGGCCAAAUCUACCUUCUGGUGUACACAGGCUGAAUCUGUCACUCAGACUGCAGUGUUUUCCAAAAAUCCAGAUUAUUUGCCAACAUUUUCAGUUCAGGACAAUUCACAUCCAGAUUGGCUCCUUUCUGUAGUGCGGGGCAGCGCCCCUCCCACAGGCCUGAGGCUCCCCUCUGUUGUCCCACCAGCUGCGGUCCCCUCCUGUAGGCUGACCAGCCCCUCAGUGCUGUCUUUGCAGCCCCUGACAAGAUAAUAGGGUCUCCCGGUUCACUAUCUCAGUGAAUUAAAGGGCAGAGGGGACCCUGAGGGGGCACCUGAGGUGUGGGAGCUGGUCCAGCCAGUGUGGGAGCUGACCAGGGUCCUGUAUUUAGAGAGGAGGAAAUGUCCCCGGGAGGGAGCAGCAGUCCAGCCCUGGAGUCGCUGCCCCUCCACCCCCCCCCACACACCAGUACCCUGGCCUGGCACCGUCCAGGUCAGCACCUGCUGUCCCAAGUGCUGAUGCUCCCGUGUCAUGUCAGUGUCCAUGUGGUGACGUGUGCAUCGGCCCUCUCUGCCCAUCUCAAUGUUUUCCCUCAAUAGCAACCUCCACUGCACGCCCCUCCAAGUCUUCUUACCCUGGGGCUGUGUGUAUG